AAAUGAAAAAAGAGGAGAACUUUCCUACCUUCUCCUUCUCUUCUCCCUCAACUCUCUCAAUCAAAACCGAAUCUUACAUUAUUAGAAAAAGCCAAGCAGCCAUCAUGGAGAGAUCUUUCUGGUGAGGGUACAACGUACAGAGCUAUAUAAAUUCUUCACAAUCUCCUCCCACGCAUAAGUAUCCUUGCCCAAACACCCAUCGGAGUAUUCAAUGGCAGAUUCAAUCGACGGUAAUGUUGUGGCGGCUAAAUCCUUUGCCAGGUUCGGGGUUACCCACAUGUUUGGGGUGGUAGGUAUACCCGUCACUUCGCUUGCCAACCGUGCGAUGCAGCUUGGCAUCCGCUUCGUCGCAUUUCACAAUGAACAGUCCGCGGGAUACGCCGCCUCUGCUUAUGGGUACCUGACCGGCCGUCCGGGGAUACUCUUGACUGUUUCUGGACCUGGGUGCGUCCACGGGCUUGCCGGGCUAUCCAAUUCCAUGGUCAAUACCUGGCCCAUGGUCAUGAUCUCCGGUUCUUGCGACCAGAAUGACUUCGGCCGCGGUGAUUUCCAGGAGCUUGAUCAGAUCGAAGCUGUGAAACCCUUUUCCAAAUUCUCUGUUAAAGCCAAGAACAUCAAGGAAAUUCCCAAUUGUGUUGCCCAGGUUCUCGAUCGGGCAGUCUUAGGUCGGCCAGGGGGUUGUUAUCUUGAUUUGCCCACCGAUGUGCUGCAUCAAACGAUAUCGGAAUCUGAAGUGGAAAGUUUGUUGUCUGAGGUUGAGAAAGGUAGGGAGUCUGAAAAACUAGCGAGUGUAGCAAGUUCUGAGAUAGAGAAGGCAGUUGCGCUGCUUAGGAAGGCGGAGAGGCCACUGAUUGUGUUUGGGAAAGGAGCAGCUUAUGCACGAGCGGAGAAUGAAUUGAAGUGGCUAGUGGAGACUACUGGGAUUCCAUUUUUGCCCACUCCAAUGGGGAAAGGAUUGGUGCCUGAUGAUCAUAGUUUGGCUGCUAGUGCUGCGAGGUCUCUUGCCAUUGGUAAAUGUGAUGUUGCAUUUGUUGUGGGUGCAAGGCUUAAUUGGUUGCUGCAUUUUGGGGAGCCACCGAAGUGGUCUAAGGAUGUGAAGUUCAUUUUGGUUGACAUAUCUGAGGAAGAAAUUCAGUUGAGGAAACCCCAUUUAGGAUUGGUUGGUGAUGCAAAAAAGGUAUUGAAGUUGAUUAAUGAGGAGAUUAAGGAUGAUCCUUUCAAUUUGGGGAGCUCCCACCCAUGGGUUGCGGCAAUCUCAAAGAAGGUAAAAGAGAAUGUCUCAAGAAUGGAGGCUCAGCUGGCGCGUGAUGUUGUUCCAUUUAACUUUUUGACACCUUUAAGGAUUAUUAGAGACACCAUUCUGGGGUUAGGAAGCCCUACUCCAGUGUUGGUUUCAGAAGGAGCAAAUACUAUGGAUGUUGGAAGGUCUGUGCUGGUUCAGACAGAGCCAAGGACUAGGGUGGAUGCAGGGACCUGGGGGACCAUGGGAGUAGGUCUGGGUUAUUGCAUUGCAGCUGCAGUGGCUAAUCCAGACCGGCUUGUGGUUGCAGUUGAAGGAGACUCUGGAUUUGGAUUCAGUGCCAUGGAGGUUGAGGUAUGUUGGCUUUACACAGAAACAUGUUAUUUCUAUUAUUAUCCAUGAAUGCUUUAACUUUUAGAUGAAGCUACUGUGGAUUCUUAACAACUUUUUUAUGAUGACUUAUAAUCCUAGUAUCCACUUCACUGAAAAUAUUCCUUUUAGCUGUAUAAAUAAGAUUCCUAUUC